AUGGAACCGUGUGAUAGAGAACAACCAGGAAGGAGCUCUCAGGGCUCAGGGUGCUGCCCACUACCGGCUCUUGGACAACCAGACUAUCCGGAGAAGAUACUCCAAGAAUCAUCUCAUCAUUUAGAAAGACUAUCUCUCAUUCCUGACCCCAAACCCCCACCUUUGCCCCUCUCAGAUUUAGGGCAGCCCCGGAAGUCACCUCUGACAGGCACUGAUAAGAAGUACCCCCUAAUGAAGCAGCGUGGGUUCUACUCUGACAUCCUCAGUCCUGGAACCUUAGACCAACUUGGGAAUGUGUGUCGUGGCCCCCACAUGUCCCAGAAUUUGAUUCGUAAAGCUGACCUUGACAAGUUUACCCCCAAAGUUGAAUCAUUCAAGGUUCCUGAGGGACUUCAGGAGCGCGUGGAGCAGCAGCGCAUUGGCACCACGCGGCAGCAUACUCAGACGGACUUCCCGCACCAGGCCUAUGAACCCAAGGUUCAGGUCCCAUUCCAUGUGCUGCCGGGCCAGUGCCCUCGGAAGACUGAGAUCGAAAGGAGGAAACAACAAUAUUUGCGCCUGGACAUUCAGCAACUGUUGGCCAAUGAGGGCAUCGACUCCAACAAACUCAUGCCCAGACAUCCAGACCUGCAGCACCCGCAAACCAUCGAACAGGGCCAUGACCCACUCUUCCCCAUAUAUCUCCAAUUCAAGGUGUUUGAUAAUGAAGAGUUUGAUUGCCGAACUCCCAAAGAGUGGCUCAACAUGGGCUUGGAGCCAGGAUCUGAAAACAGGAAGCCUGUCCCUGGAAAAGCCCUUCUUCCCACCGAUGACUUUCUGGGCCAUGAGGACCCCAAGAAUCAGAACCUGGACUAUAGGUGGUGUGAUGUUGGCGUCCUGGACUACGACGAAGAAAAGAAACUGUACUUGGUGCAGAAAACUGACAAGAAAGGCUUGGUGCGCAAUGAUAUGGGAUGCCCAUCUGAUGGAGGCGUCACCCCCAACGGAAGGCCACCUCUUCUGGUCUCCCAGUACUGGGUGCCGCGAAUCCAGCUGCUCUUCUGUGCUGAAGAUCCUCGGGUGUUCACACAGCGCGUGGUCCAGGCCAACGCUCUGCGCAAGAACACAGAGGCGCUGUUACUGUACAACCUGUAUGUGGACUGCAUGCCGACUGAGGGCCGGCGGGUCAUCAACGAGCAGAGCCUGAGCAAGAUAAAGCAAUGGGCUUUGAGCACACCGCGCAUGCGCAAAGGGCCGCAGUGAGUCCGGCACUUGAGCAGCCUGGCCAGAGAAGUGAGCCUGGACUAUGAACGAACCAUGAACAAGAUCAACUUUGACCAGAUUGUCUCUUCUAAGCCAGACACAUUCUCUUAUGUGACUCUUCCCCAGAAAGAGGAAGAGAAGGUACCAGAUCAAGGGCUGGUGAGUAUCCCUAAGUACCCCUUCCGGGAGCAAAAAGAGGAUUUCACUUUUGUGUCCCUGCUCACUCGGCCAGAAGUCAUCCUAGCUCUGAGCAAGGUGCGAGCUGAAUGCAACAAGGUGACCUCCAUGUCCCUGUUCCAUUCAAGCCUCUCCAAGUACAGCCGCCUGGAGGAAUUUGAGCAGAUCCAGUCUCAAACCUUCUCCCAGGUACCUGAGAUGUUUCUCAAGGAUAGCUGGAUCAGCACACUGAAAGUAGCCAUGCGAAGCAGCCUCCGAGACAUGAGCAAGGGCUGGUACAACCUUUAUGAGACCAACUGGGAGGUCUAUCUCAUGUCAAAGCUGCGCAAGCUGAUGGAGCUCAUCAAGUACAUGCUACAGGCGCUGCGCUUCCUGGUGCAGGACUCACUGAGCAGCUUCUCGCAGUUCAUUGGCGAUGCUUGCUGCAGUGUGCUUGACUGCACAGAUGACUUGCCCUGGGGCGAAGACCUUGUCAACAGCCCUACAGUGAGCCCCAAUUAUGCCUACAGGCCUCGGAAGAAUCCCCUGUUCAUCGUAGACUUGGUGCUGGACACCUCAGGGGUACACUACAGCACGCCCCUAGAGCAGUUUGAAAUGACUCUGCUCAACCUCUUUGACAAGGGUAUCCUGGCCACCCACGCUGUACCCCAACUAGAGAAGCUGGUGAUGGAGGACAUCUUUAUCAGUGGCGACCCUCUGCUGGAGUCAGUGGGGCUUCAUGAGCCACUGGUAGAGGAGCUACGGGCUAACAUCACCAAUGCCAUGCGCAAGGCCAUGAUCCCACUGCAGGCCUACGCUAAGGAGUACAGGAAGUACCUGGAACUCAACAACAAUGACAUUACCGCCUUCCUCAAGACCUAUCAAAUCCAGUGUCCAUCGGCAGAGGAAGUUCGGGAAGUGGUCAUCACCCACCUGAGGGAGAAAGAGAUCCUAGACAACUCGCUGCCCAGCAGCAUCGUCAUUGGGCCAUUUUACAUCAAUGUGGACAAUGUGAAGCAGAGGCCUGUCCAAAAGCGCAAGGCCCUGGCCACUUCUAUGCUGGACAUCCUAGCCAAGAACUUACACAAGGAGGUAGACAGUAUCUGUGAGGAGUUCCGCAGCAUUAGCCGCAAGAUCUAUGAGAAGCCCAACAGCAUAGAGGAGCUUGCUGAGCUCCGAGACUGGAUGAAGGGCAUUCCUGAGAAGCUGGUAGUGCUGGAGGAGCGAAUUGUAAAGGUCAUGUCUGACUACGAAGUCAUGGACGAGUUCUUGUACAACCUCACCACAGACGACUUCAAUGACAAAUGGGCUGCCAGCAACUGGCCCUCUAAGAUCCUUGGGCAGAUAGAGAUGGUGCGGCAGCAGCACAUUGAGGAUGAAGAAAAGUUCCACAAAAUCCAGCUCAUGGACCAGAACAACUUCCAGGAGAAGCUGGAAGGACUGCAGCUGGUGGUGGCUGGCUUCUCCACCCACGUGGAGAUUGCACGAGCACACGAGAUUGCCAACGAGGUGCGGCGAGUCAAGAAGCAGCUGAAGGACUGCCAGCAGCUGGCAAUGCUCUACAACAACCGCGAGCGCAUCUUCGGCUUGCCGAUCACCAACUACGACAAGCUCACAAGAAUGGUGAAGGAAUUCCAACCAUACCUAGACCUCUGGACCACAGCCUCAGACUGGCUGCGCUGGUCUGAGAGCUGGAUGAAUGACCCGCUGUCAGCCAUCGAUGCCGAGCAGCUGGAGAAGAACGUCGUCGAGUCCUUCAAGACCAUGCACAAGUGUGUGAAGCAGUUCAAGGACAUUCCAGCUUGCCAGGAUGUGGCUUUGGACAUCCGGGCACGUAUAGAGGAGUUCAAGCCAUACAUCCCACUGAUCCAAGGCCUGCGCAACCCUGGUAUGCGGAACCGGCACUGGGAGAUACUGUCCAAUGAGAUCAACAUCAAUGUCAGGCCCAAAGCCAACUUGACCUUUGCCCGCUGCCUCGAGAUGAACCUUCAGGAUCAUAUUGAGAGCAUCAGCAAGGUGGCUGAGGUAGCUGGCAAGGAGUAUGCUAUUGAACAGGCUCUAGACAAGAUGGAGAAGGAAUGGUCAUCCAUCCUGUUCAACGUGUUACCCUACAAGGAGACAGACACCUAUAUUCUCAAGAGCCCAGACGAGGCCUCCCAGCUUCUCGACGACCACAUUGUCAUGACCCAGAGCAUGUCCUUCUCGCCAUACAAGAAGCCCUUUGAGCAGCGCAUCAACUCAUGGGAGACCAAACUGAAGCUGACCCAGGAAGUGCUGGAGGAGUGGCUGAACUGCCAGCGGUCCUGGCUCUACCUGGAGCCCAUCUUCAGCUCUGAGGACAUCACCCGGCAGCUGCCUGUGGAGAGCAAGCGCUACCAGACCAUGGAGCGCAUCUGGCGGAAGAUCAUGAGGAAUGCCUAUGAAAACCGGGAGGUGAUCAAUGUGUGCCCUGACCAGAGGCUGCUGGACAGCCUGAGAGACUGCAACAAGUUGCUGGACCUGGUACAGAAGGGCCUCAGCGAGUACCUGGAGACCAAGCGGAGUGCCUUCCCCAGAUUCUACUUCCUGUCAGAUGAUGAACUACUGGAGAUCCUGUCGCAGACAAAGGACCCCACAGCCGUGCAGCCCCACCUGCGCAAGUGCUUCGAGAACAUUGCCCGGCUGCUCUUCCAGGAGGACCUGGAGAUCACACACAUGUACUCAGCAGAGGGCGAAGAGGUGCAGCUGUCCUUCUCCAUUUACCCCUCCAACAACGUGGAGGUGUGGCUGCUGGAGGUAGAGAGCAGCAUGAAGGCCAGCGUGCGCGACAUCAUUGAGCGGGCCAUCAAGGCCUACCCCACAAUGCCCAGAACUGAGUGGGUUCUGAACUGGCCAGGCCAGGUGACCAUUGCUGGCUGCCAGACAUACUGGACAUUGGAGGUAGGCCAGGCGCUGGAGGCUGGCGACAUCAGUAGCAAGCUGUUCCCCCAGCUUUCCAAACAGCUCAGUGACCUGGUGGCUCUGGUGCGGGGGAAGCUGUCGCGUAUGCAGCGGGCAGUACUUUCGGCACUCAUUGUCAUUGAGGUCCAUGCCAAAGACGUGGUGAGCAAGCUGAUCAGUGAGAACAUAGUCAGUGUACAUGACUUUGAGUGGAUCUCACAGCUCAGGUACUACUGGGCAAAUAAUGACCUGUACAUCCGCGCUGUGAAUGCUGAGUUCAUCUACGGCUAUGAAUACCUGGGCAACAGUGGGAGGCUGGUGAUCACACCCCUAACUGACAGGUGCUAUCUGACCCUGACUGGAGCCUUGCACCUCAAGUUUGGAGGUGCACCAGCCGGCCCAGCUGGCACAGGGAAAACAGAGACCACAAAGGACCUGGGAAAGGCCUUGGCCAUACAGACGGUUGUAUUCAACUGCUCUGACCAGCUCGACUUCAUGGCCAUGGGCAAGUUCUUCAAGGGUCUGGCCAGUGCUGGGGCCUGGGCCUGCUUUGACGAGUUUAAUCGGAUUGACAUCGAGGUGUUGUCUGUGGUGGCACAGCAGAUCACCACCAUCCAGAAGGCACAGCAGCAACGGGUAGAGCGCUUCAUGUUUGAGGGUGUUGAAAUCCCCCUUGUACCAUCCUGUGCCGUGUUUAUCACCAUGAACCCAGGAUAUGCCGGCCGCACAGAGCUUCCUGACAACCUGAAGGCACUCUUCCGACCUGUGGCCAUGAUGGUCCCCGACUAUGCCAUGAUUGCUGAGAUCUCCCUCUACUCCUUUGGCUUCAAUGAGGCCAAUGUACUGGCUAAGAAGAUCACCACAACCUUCAAGCUGUCCUCUGAGCAGCUCAGCUCCCAGGAUCACUAUGACUUUGGGAUGAGAGCUGUAAAGACUGUCAUCUCAGCAGCUGGGAACCUCAAGAGAGAAAACCCCACCAUGAAUGAGGAGCUGAUCUGCCUUCGGGCCAUCCGGGAUGUGAAUGUGCCCAAGUUCCUGCAGGAAGACCUCAAGCUCUUUGCAGGGAUUGUGUCUGACCUGUUUCCUACGAUCAAGGAAGAGGAGACUGACUAUGGCAUCCUGGACCAAGCCAUCCGCAAGGCCUGUGUGAAGAGCAACCUCAAGGAUGUGGAGGGUUUCCUGAUCAAGUGCAUCCAGCUCUAUGAAACCACGGUGGUACGGCAUGGCCUCAUGCUUGUGGGGCCCACAGGCUCUGGCAAGAGUAACUGCUACAGAGUCCUGGCUGCUGCCAUGUCGUCGUUGAAAGGGAAGCCAUCCAUUAGUGGCGGUGUGUAUGAAGCUGUCAACUACUAUGUGCUCAACCCUAAGUCCAUCACAAUGGGCCAGCUCUACGGGGAGUUUGACCUGCUCACCCAUGAGUGGACAGACGGGAUUUUCUCCUCCCUCAUCCGAGCCGGGGCCGUUGCUAAUGACACCAACAAGAAAUGGUAUAUGUUUGAUGGGCCAGUGGAUGCCGUCUGGAUAGAGAACAUGAACACAGUGCUGGAUGACAACAAGAAGCUGUGCCUCAGCUCUGGGGAGAUCAUCAAACUCACAGAGGCAAUGACCAUGAUGUUCGAGGUACAGGACCUGGCAGUGGCCUCACCUGCCACAGUUUCCCGUUGUGGAAUGGUAUACCUGGAGCCCAGCAUCCUGGGGCUCAUGCCAUUCGUUGAGUGCUGGCUAAAACGCCUCCCUUCCAUAAUAAAGCCCUAUGAGGAAUAUUUCAAUAUCCUCUUUAUCAAGUUUCUGGAGAGUUCCAUCACCUUCAUUCGAGCCACAGGGAAGGAAGUGAUUGCCUCAACCAACAGCAAUCUGACCAUGAGUCUCCUCAAACUACUGGACUGCUUCUUCAGACCUUUCCUUCCCAGAGAGGGCCUCAAAAAGAUACCCUCUGAAAAGCUGAAUCAUAUCCCAGAGCUGAUAGAACCCUGGUUCAUCUUCGCGCUGGUCUGGAGUGUAGGCGCCACAGGGGACUACCUCAGCCGCCUCAACUUCAGCCAGUGGCUAAGGAUGAAGAUGAUAAUAGAACAGGCGAAACUACUUUUCCCAGAAGAAGGGUUGGUGUUCGAUUACAGACUGGAUGACGCUGGGAUCAGCAGCACCGAGGAUGAGGAGGAUGAAGAGGAGGAGAGCAAACAGGUUGCCUGGGUAAAGUGGAUGGACUCCUCGGCUCCCUUCACCAUGAUGCCAGACACCAACUACUGCAACAUCAUCGUGCCCACCAUGGACACCAUGCAGAUGUCCUACCUGCUGGGCAUGCUGAUCACCAACAAUAAGCCUGUGCUGUGCAUUGGGCCGACAGGCACAGGGAAGACACUCACCAUCUCCAACAAGCUUCUCAAGAACCUGCCACUGGAGUAUAUCAGCCACUUCCUCACCUUCUCAGCUCGCACUUCCGCCAACCAGACCCAGGACCUCAUUGAUAGCAAGCUGGACAAGAGGCGAAAGGGUGUGUUCGGGCCACCCCUAGGGCGCAACUUCAUCUUCUUCAUUGAUGACCUGAACAUGCCUGCCCUGGAGACAUACGGUGCACAGCCACCCAUCGAGCUGUUGCGCCAGUGGAUGGACCACGGUGGUUGGUAUGACCGGAAGAUCAUCGGAGCCUUUAAGAACCUGGUGGACAUCAACUUUGUCUGUGCCAUGGGUCCCCCAGGGGGAGGCAGGAAUGCUAUCACUCCAAGACUGACACGCCACUUCAACUACCUGUCUUUCAUCGAGAUGGAUGAAGUCAGCAAGAAACGCAUCUUCUCUACAAUCCUGGGAUGCUGGAUGGAUGGACUCCUUGGAGAGAAAAGCUAUCGAGAGCCCGUGCCUGGGGCCCCCAACAUCGUCCAUUUGACGGAGCCCCUCGUGGAAGCUACCAUCAGGGUGUAUGCUACCAUCACCUCCCAGCUGCUGCCCACUCCAGCCAAGUCCCACUACACCUUCAACCUGCGGGACCUCUCCAAAGUCUUCCAGGGAAUGCUCAUGGCUGAGCCAGCCAAGGUUGAGGACAAGGUGCAGCUGCUGCGGCUGUGGUACCACGAGAACUGCCGUGUGUUCCGGGACCGACUGGUGAACGAGGAAGACCGCAGCUGGUUUGACGAGCUCCUUGAGACCCACAUGGAGGAGUUAGGGGUGGCCUUCAACAAAGUCUGCCCCUUCCAGCCCAUUCUUUAUGGGGACUUCAUGUCUCCAGGCUCAGAUGUGAAGUCCUAUGAGCUCAUCACCAGCGAGAACAAGAUGAUGCAGGUGAUUGAGGAGUACAUGGAGGACUACAACCAGAUCAACACCGCCAAGCUGAAGCUGGUGCUCUUCGUGGACGCCAUGAGCCACAUCUGCCGCAUCAGUCGUACUCUGCGCCAGGCGCUGGGCAACGCCCUCCUGCUGGGCGUGGGUGGCAGCGGCCGCAGCUCCCUCACUCGACUUGCCUCCCACAUGGCUGAGUAUGAGUGCUUCCAGAUCGAGCUGUCCAAGAACUAUGGCAUGUCCGAGUGGCGUGAGGAUGUCAAGAAGGUUCUGCUCAAGGCUGGCCUGCAGAACAUGCCCAUCACCUUCCUGUUCUCAGACACCCAGAUCAAGAAUGAGUCCUUCCUAGAGGAUAUUAACAACGUUCUGAACUCAGGUGACAUCCCCAACCUCUACAGUGCAGAUGAGCAAGAUCAGAUUGUCAACACUAUGCGUCCCUACAUACAAGAACAGGGCCUGCAGCCCACCAAAGCCAACCUCAUGGCCGCCUAUACUGGACGUGUGCGCAGCAACAUCCACAUGGUGCUGUGCAUGAGUCCCAUCGGAGAGGUCUUCCGAGCUCGCUUAAGGCAGUUCCCCUCCCUUGUCAACUGCUGCACCAUUGACUGGUUUAACGAGUGGCCAGCAGAAGCCCUGCAAUCUGUGGCCACCAUGUUCCUGAACGAGAUCCCAGAACUGGAAUCUUCCUUUGAAGUCAUUCAAGGGCUGAUUCAAGUUUGUGUAUAUAUCCACCAGUCUGUGGCCAAGAAAUGUAUUGAGUACCUGGCAGAGCUGAGCCGCCAUAACUAUGUGACCCCCAAGAGCUAUUUGGAGCUGCUCAAUAUUUUCUCUAUCCUCAUUGGACAGAAGAAAAUGGAACUGAAGACUGCCAAAAACCGCAUGAAGAGUGGCCUUGACAAGCUGUUACGUACUUCUGAGGAUGUGGCCAAGAUGCAGGAGGAGCUGGAGAUUAUGCGCCCCCUGCUGGAAGAGGCUGCCAAGGACACCUUGGUCACUAUGGAGCAGAUUAAGGUGGACACAUCCAUAGCCGAGGAAACCCGGAAAUCAGUGCAAGCAGAGGAGAUUAAGGCCAAUGAGAAGGCCAGCAAGGCCCAAGCUAUUGCUGAUGACGCACAGAAGGAUCUGGAUGAGGCACUGCCAGCCCUGGAUGCAGCCCUGGCCAGCCUUCGAAACCUCAACAAGAAUGACGUGACAGAGGUACGUGCCAUGCAGCGCCCACCCCCAGGAGUGAAGCUGGUCAUAGAAGCUGUGUGCAUCAUGAAGGGCAUCAAGCCCAAGAAGGUACCUGGAGAGAAGCCAGGCUCCAAAGUGGAUGACUACUGGGAGCCAGGCAAGGGGCUGCUGCAAGACCCAGGCCGCUUCCUUGAAAGCCUCUUCAAGUUUGACAAGGACAACAUUGGGGAGGCAGUUAUCAAAGCCAUCCAACCAUAUAUCGACAACGAGGAGUUCCAGCCAGCUGCCAUCGCCAAGGUGUCCAAGGCCUGCACAUCUAUCUGCCAGUGGGUGCGCGCCAUGCACAAGUACCACUUCGUAGCCAAGGCCGUAGAGCCCAAAAGGCAAGCCUUGCGGGAAGCCCAGGAUGACCUGGAAGUGACACAAAGGAUCCUAGAAGAGGCAAAGCAGCACCUGCGUGAAGUGGAAGAUGGCAUCGCCACACUGCAGGCCAAGUAUCGAGAGUGCGUGGCCAAGAAGGAGGAGCUGGAAAUGAAGUGUGAGCAGUGUGAGCAGCGCCUAGGCCGAGCCGAUAAGCUCAUCAACGGACUAUCAGAUGAGAAGGUUCGCUGGCAGGAGACUGUGGAGAAUCUGGAGAACAUGCUCGACAACAUCUCUGGUGAUGUGAUGGUGGCUGCUGGCUUUGUGGCCUACCUGGGCCCCUUCACGGGCCAGUACCGUACAACCCUCUAUGAGCAGUGGGUCAGGCAGCUCACAGUUCACCAAGUCCCGCACACCUGCAAGCCCACACUGAUUGCAACCCUGGGAAACCCGGUGAAGAUCCGUUCCUGGCAGAUUGCUGGCCUCCCCAAUGAUACUCUGUCAGUGGAGAAUGGGGUCAUCAAUCAAUACUCCCAACGCUGGACCCACUUCAUUGACCCUCAGAGUCAGGCUAACAAAUGGAUCAAGAACAUGGAGAAGGACAGUGGGCUAGAUGUGUUCAAGUUGAGUGACCGUGACUUCCUGCGUAGCAUGGAGAAUGCUAUCCGCUUUGGCAAGCCAUGCCUUCUAGAAAAUGUGGGUGAGGAGCUGGAUCCAGCACUAGAGCCCGUGCUGCUCAAGCAGACAUACAAGCAGCAAGGGAACACAGUGUUGAAGUUGGGAGACACAGUGAUCCCCUACCAUGAGGACUUCAGGAUGUACAUCACCACCAAGCUGCCCAACCCUCACUACACACCAGAGGUUUCCACCAAACUCACCCUCAUCAACUUUACAUUGUCACCCAGUGGCCUAGAGGACCAGCUACUAGGCCAGGUUGUGGCUGAGGAACGACCUGAUCUAGAAGAGGCCAAGAAUCAGCUGAUUGUCAGUAAUGCCAAGAUGCGCCAAGAGCUGAAGGACAUUGAAGACCAGAUACUGUACCGUCUCAGCUCCUCUGAGGGUAACCCUGUAGACGACAUGGAGCUCAUCAAGGUGCUGGAGGCUUCCAAGAUGAAGGCUGCUGAGAUCCAGGCAAAGGUCAGGAUUGCAGAGCAGACAGAGAAGGACAUUGACCUCACACGCAUGGAGUACAUCCCUGUGGCCGUCCGCACCCAGAUCCUCUUCUUCUGUGUGUCAGACCUGGCUAACGUGGACCCCAUGUACCAGUACUCCCUGGAGUGGUUCCUCAACAUCUUCCUCUCAGGCAUUGCCAACUCAGAGAGGGCAGACAACUUGAAGAAGCGUAUCAGCAACAUCAACCGCUACCUAACCUACAGCCUCUAUAGCAAUGUCUGCCGCAGCCUCUUUGAGAAGCACAAGCUGAUGUUCGCCUUCCUGCUGUGUGCCCGUAUUAUGAUGAAUGAGGGCAAGAUUAACCAGGCUGAGUGGCGCUACCUCCUGUCUGGAGGCUCCAUCCAGACCAUGACUGAAAACCCUGCACCACACUGGCUAUCAGACAGGGCCUGGAGAGACAUCUUGGCACUUUCAAACCUGCCAGCCUUUGCCAUGUUCCCAUAUGACUUCGUGAAGCACCUCCGAAAAUUCCAGGCCAUCUUUGACAGUGCUGAGCCUCACCGGGAGCUCUUGCCUGGCAUCUGGAGCACAUACCUGGAUGAUUUCCAGAAACUGCUUGUUCUCCGUUGCCUGCGUGGGGACAAGGUUACUAAUGCCAUGCAGGACUUUGUGGCCAACCACCUGGAACCCCGUUUCAUUGAGCCCCAGACAGCCAAUCUGUCUGCGGUGUUCAAAGAGUCCAACUCCACGAUCCCCCUCAUCUUUGUGCUGUCACCCGGCACUGACCCUGCUGCUGACCUCUACAAAUUUGCAGAAGAAAUGAAGUUCUCCAAGAAGCUCUCUGCCAUCUCCCUGGGCCAGGGACAGGGCCCUCGGGCAGAAGCCAUGAUGCGCAGCUCCAUAGAGAGGGGCAAGUGGGUCUUCUUUCAGAACUGCCAUUUGGCACCAAGCUGGAUGCCAGCCCUGGAACGUCUCAUCGAGCACAUCAACCCUGACAAGGUACAUCGGGACUUCCGCCUAUGGCUCACCAGCCUGCCCAGCAACAAGUUCCCAGUGUCCAUCCUGCAAAAUGGCUCCAAAAUGACUAUUGAACCACCACGUGGUGUCAAAGCUAACCUGCUCAAGUCCUACAACAGUCUCAGUGAUGACUUCCUCCACUCCUGUCGAAAGGUUGUAGAGUUCAAGUCAUUGCUGCUAUCUCUGUGCUUGUUCCAUGGGAAUGCACUUGAACGCCGUAAAUUUGGGCCCCUGGGCUUCAACAUCCCUUAUGAGUUCACAGAUGGAGACCUGCGCAUCUGCAUCAGCCAGCUCAAGAUGUUCCUAGAUGAAUAUGACGACAUCCCCUAUAAGGUUCUCAAGUACACUGCCGGAGAGAUCAACUAUGGCGGUCGUGUGACUGAUGACUGGGACCGUCGCUGUGUCAUGAACAUCCUAGAAGACUUCUACAACCCUGCUGUGCUCUCUUCUGAGCACAGUUACAGUGCCUCCGGCAUCUACCACCAGAUCCCACCUACCUAUGACCUCAACGGCUAUCUCUCCUACAUCAAGAGCCUUCCACUCAAUGACAUGCCUGAGAUCUUCGGUCUGCAUGACAAUGCCAACAUUACCUUUGCCCAGAAUGAGACUUUCGCUCUGUUUGGUGCCAUUCUCCAGCUGCAGCCCAAAUCAUCCUCGGUGGGCGGCCAGAGCAGGGAGGAGUUAGUAGAAAAUGUGGCUGAGGACAUUCUGUUCCAGAUCCCUGAACCUGUUCACUUACAAGAGGUGAUAAACAAAUUCCCUGUGCUAUAUGAGGAGUCAAUGAACACAGUGCUGGUACAAGAAGUCAUUAGGUACAACAAGCUCCUAGCGGUGAUCACGCAGACACUUAGUGACAUGCUCAAGGCACUCAAGGGGCUAGUGGUAAUGUCCUUAGAGCUGGAGCUGAUGUCCACCAGCUUGUACAACAAUGCUGUGCCCGAGCUCUGGAAUACCAAAGCCUACCCAUCACUCAAACCACUGGCUUCAUGGAUCAUGGACCUGCUACAGCGCCUGAACUUUAUACAGUCUUGGAUCGAAAAUGGCAUCCCCCCUGUCUUCUGGAUCAGCGGCUUCUUCUUCCCUCAAGCUUUCCUAACGGGCACGCUGCAGAACUUUGCCCGAAAGUUCGUCAUUUCUAUUGACACCAUCUCCUUUGAUUUCAAGGUGUUGUCCAGGACCCCGUCAGAAAUUGAGGAAAGGCCUGAAGUAGGGUGCUAUAUUCAUGGACUGUUCCUGGAAGGUGCUCGCUGGGACCCAUUGGAUUUCCGGCUGGCUGAGUCACGGCCCAAGGAGCUGUAUACAGAUAUGGCUGUUAUCUGGCUCAUGCCAGUAGCCAACCGAAAGGUUGAGACCCAGGACUUCUACUUGUGCCCCAUCUACAAGACUCUGACCCGCGCUGGAACAUUAUCAACCACAGGCCACUCAACCAACUAUGUUAUUGCUGUGGAGAUCCCUACCAACAAGCCUCAGCGACACUGGAUAAAGCGUGGUGUAGCCCUCAUCUGUGCCCUGGAUUACUAG